AUGCCGAUCCCAGUUUAUGAUUCUGCUGACCGUCUCCCCCUCUUUGGAGGCACCAAACCAUGGACCGCCUCUGAAUGGACCGCACAAGACGACCGAGUCCGUGGAGGAAGCUCCGUCUCCUACAUGAUUCCCUCCCCCGAAGGCACCUCCGCGCUCUUCUCCGGAACCCUCGACACAAGCACUCUCGGCGGCGCCGGCUUCGCCUCGCAGCGGACCACCGAAGAGGCAAUCUGGGACCUCGCGCCUUACACCGGCAUCGAGCUCGUCGUCUCCGCGCCGCCGCAGAACGACUCCACCACCGUCAAAACCUUCACGCUGGUGAUCAAGGACGUGGUACCCGCGGCGUACAGGGACCCGGCCACGGGGCGAGCGCGCGAGGAGUCGACGCUGUCGUACGAGGCGACGUUCAAGGCCACUGACGGGGCCGCGAAUGGUGAUGAGCAGAUUAUAUAUUUGCCGUGGUCGAACUUUAAGGCGACGUAUAGGGGGCGGGAGAGGGAUGGGGAGAGGGACUUGGAUUUGGGCGGGAUCAGGAGGUUCUCGGUGAUGGCGAGGAGCUUCUUUGAUCAUCAGUCGGGGCCGUUUCAGCUGGGGCUGGUGUCGGUGACGGCGGUGAAGGGGAGGAGGGAGAAGGCGGGGUUUGUCGAUGAGUAUGAUAUGUUGGAUGGGGAUGAGGACGGGGAUGAUGACGUGGAGAGGAGGGAGGUGGGGAAUGGGGAGAGUGAGAGGCCGGCGGGUUGGUGGGGGUGUAGAGUGAUGUAG